AUGGACGGCGGGAAGGUCCUGUCACCACGAUCCGACCAAGGACUCUAUACUGCCGACGUUACAGUGUCCCGCGACGGCACUAUCGCCUAUGUCGGCCUUGAGAACCACGACGAGGUCGCAAAUGCCGACGUGAUCAUUGACGCAGAGGGGAAAUGGUUGCUUCCCGGCUUUGUCUCAGCGCACAGCCAUUUAUGGCAGAGCAAGUUCGCCGGACAAGCCCCCAAUAGCACCGUGGCCGAGUGGGGAGACGGUAUCUACUCCGAAGCCCGCGAUUUGCCAGCAUCCGAGUUUUACGACCUCACAGUGCAAGGCGCGAGAAACCAUAUUAGAAAGGGAAUUACGACGGCUUUCAACUUUACGUUUUCCGCACGCUUCCGCGAGGGCCAAACGGACCGGGCCCAGUUCGAAGGGGCUCUGAACUCUGGUAUCCGGUUCUGUCACGGGUUCAACAUAGGAGCUAUCAGAGAAACAUGGACUCCAGAGUUGGCCUUGAAGCGCCCUCGACUGUUCGUAGAAUGGGCAUCUACCUUUAACAACUCUGCUCAAUAUCUCGGCACCAUGAUUGCACAUCACGGAAUUAACUACGACACGGACAUCAACACACGCAUGGAGGCUGAAGUCAUGCGAAAAUUGGGCCUAGGGGGACAGAUCCACUAUUUGGAAAAUCCCUAG